AUGGCGCUUUCAACCCCAUUGGCUCGUUUUCUUGCCUCGGCCAUCACCAUUGCCCUCUUACUUACACCCUCGGCCGAUGCCAUUACAUGUGUCGACGUGAUCAAGAAUUUGAUACCCUGCAUUGGCUACUUAAAGAGUGGGAGUGCGGGCCCACCGGGCCCCUGUUGUGCUGGCGCCAGAAGCCUUGCGUCGGCCGCCAAGUCAGCGGCCGACAGGCAAACUGCUUGUGGCUGCCUCAAGACAGCUGCCAAUACUUAUAAGCCCAAGCCCGAGAUCGCAAAGUCUCUCCCGACAAAGUGUGGGAUUAAGUUGCCAUUCGAAGUCUCACCGAAUGUCGAUUGCUCCAAGUAA